AUGUACUUCCCAACACAAAUAGGUAUGAUGAGCUCCAACGCAUCAUCAAUCCUGGAACUAGCACCUAGCCAUGCACAUGUCGUCCCUCCGUUCACAGUACUUUGCACCUUUCUUGCCCUAGCUUUAUUAUUAUUUCUCUACCGAACCAAAGCAACGCCAUCCAAGAUAACACAGCUGCUGCACCGGCUGCCGCCAGGGCCGGCUGGGUUGCCUAUCAUCGGCAGCCUGCACUGUGUGGUGUCAAAGAGGCCGGUGUUCCGAUGGAUUCAUGGCCUUCUCAAGGACAUGAACACCAACAUCCUAUGCCUCCGCUUUGGAGCCGUUCAUGUCGUAGUAGUUUCCAGCCCAGAAAUAGCUCGUGAGGUUCUCAGAAAGAAGGACGCCGUCUUCGCGUCUCGCCCGGAGACGGUCGCCUCUGGACUGUUCAGCUUCGGGUACAAGGGCUCAAUCCUGUCACCCUACGGGGAGCAGUGGAAGAAGAUGAGGCGGGUUCUCACCUCCGAGAUCCUGUCCACGUCAAUGGAGCAGCGGCUACAGCGCCGGCGAGCGGAGGAGGCCGACCACCUCGUCAGGUUCGUGUACAGCCAGUGCAGCGGCACAUCAGCUAACGCUAACAGCGUCGUUGAUGUGCGCCAUGUAGCCCGGCAUUUCUGCGGCAACAUGAUACGGAGACUCGUGUUCGGCAAGCGACACUUCUCCGUCGCUGCUGGUGCGGGUGCUGGCAAUGGCGGCGGCGGUCCGGGCCCUGAGGAGGUAGCGCACGUGGACGCGCUCUUCACGCUGCUCAACUACGUGUACAGCUUCUCCGUCUCUGAUUACAUCCCUGCUGCGUGGACGUGGAUGAUUGCUGGCCUCGACCCUGACGGCCAUAAGAAGGUUGCCAAGAGAGUAAUGGAGACUAUAAACAGAUUGCAUGGUCCCAUCAUACAAGAGAGAAUCCAUGAGUGGGAUGGUUUUCGCAAACGCGGUGACAAGAGGGAGGCCAGAGAUUUUCUUGACGUGCUAGUCUCUCUUCAGGAUUCACAAGGGCGACGAUUUUUAUCGUUUGACGAAAUACAAGCACAGACAGCGGAGAUAAUGUUUGCAACUGUUGACAACCCAUCAAACGCGGUUGAAUGGGCACUCGUGGAGAUGAUGAACCAGCCAGAGGUGAUGCACAAAGCAAUGAACGAGCUGGACACUACGGUUGGCAAGGACAGGCUCGUGCAAGAAUCCGACAUCCCUCACCUCAACUAUCUGAAAGCGUGCCUACGGGAGGCCUUCCGCUUGCACCCCUACCAUGCUUUCAACCCGCCCCACGUCGCCAUGGAAGACGCCGUCGUCUCCGGCUACCUCAUUCCCAAGGGCAGCCAUGUCCUUCUGAGCCGGGUGGGGCUUGGCCGGAACUCAGACGUCUGGGAUGCUCCUCUCCAAUUCCGGCCAGAGCGACACCUGGUGAUGAACGAGCAUGUGGUUCUCACCGAGCUGGACCUUAGGUUCAUCUCGUUCAGCGCAGGUAGGAGGGGAUGCCCAGGGGUGUCACUUGGCAGCUCUGUUACAGUGAUGCUAUUCGCAAGGCUUCUGCAAGGGUUCACGUGGACCAAGCCUCCUGGCGUCCGUACGAUCGAGCUCAAGGAAUCCACUGCAAGUCUCGCACUAGCUGAGCCACUCUUCUUACAAGCUCAGCCUCGUUUGCCGGUGCAUCUCUACAAUGUGUCUGCUUAG